CACUCCCACUCUCCUAUUACAUCUGGUAGGGAUCUGUGAUCUGGAGUGACUGUGGCUCCUCUCUAUCCUGCUAUGUGAUUGUCUCUGGUUCGACUGGACACCAGACUACCUUUGUCACUGCUAACCUCCCUCCGUCAGAGAAGUCGUGGUGUCUGGUACGUGUGUGGGGAUAUACUCAGGAUCACAUGUACCCAUCUGAUCAUUGGUGCUUCUGGGCAGCUGAGGUAUCUGAGGUAGCUUGACCACCAGGCACGACCAGCAGACAUGGCCAGCCCCAGGAGGUCUCUCUUUCAGGGCCUGAGUGUGCUGCUCCUGGCCUGGGCUCUGGUACACUGCCAACCCCCUCUGGAGCCCCAGAAUGAAGAGGAGAAGGAGGAAGAACCCAUGGAGGAGACAGAGCCAGAGAUAGAGACCUUUACAGUCCCGGCUGUAGUGAAGGCCGAGCCGGUUGUAUGUCCAGGGGAAUGUACCUGUACAGAGGGAGCGGUGGACUGUGCUGGGGUUGACCUCAUGGAAUUUCCUAGUGAGCUGCCUGAGAGCACACACAUUCUCUCGCUGCAGAACAACCAGAUAGAGGUAGUAACCAUUGAGGACCUGACACGUCUGCAGCAGCUGGAAACACUAAACCUGCAAAACAACUGUCUGACCACGCAAGGCCUUGAAGAUGAAGGAUUUACAGUGCUGGAACAACUGAGUUACUUGUACUUGGCCAAUAACAAGCUCACCACAGCACCCAAACACUUGCCUCCCUCACUGGUCAGUGCUGAUUUCGCCGCUAAUUUGCUCACGAAGAUCUACCCAUACACAUUUGGGCAGAAGCCAGGAUUGAAGUCAGUGUAUCUCCAUGACAACAAGCUGACAGAUGCAGGGCUACCUGAGAACAUGUUUAACGGUUCUGACAGCCUGGAGGUUCUCAUCAUGUCCAGUAACUUCCUCCGCUACGUCCCUAGGAGCCUGCCCUCUUCCAUCUACCGCCUCCAUCUGAAGAGUAACAAGCUGGAGAAGAUCCCGUCAGGGGUUUUUGAUAGCCUGACCCAGCUCAGAGAGCUCUACCUACAGAACAACUUGCUCAGCAACGAAGGCAUGGACAACGAGACCUUCAGCCAGUUGACCAGUCUGGAGUAUCUGGACCUGUCCAACAACAACCUGAGUGUGGUUCCUCAGGGUCUGCCCCGGAGUCUGAUAUUGCUACACCUGGAGAGGAACAGUAUCCACAGUAUCCCUGGCGAUGCUCUCACAGCCUGUCGUAAACUUGAGUACCUACUGCUGCACAACAACCAGCUCCACUCCCGCUCCAUACACCAUGCUGCAUUCCAGGGCCUGAAGAAACUACACACCCUCCACAUGUACAACAACCAGCUGGAGCGUGUCCCCAGGGCUCUGCCCCGCCGAGCCAAGACUCUCAUGCUGCUUCACAACACUAUCAACGUGAUUGAACGCAACGACUUGGUGUUUCUCUACUCCCUGACCGAGCUCAACCUCAGUUACAACCGCCUCACCAGCCCCAAGCUACACAGAGAAGCCUUCAGGAAGCUGCGUCUGCUGGUGACCUUGGACCUGUCAGGGAAUGCCCUCCACUUCCUGCCCUUGGGCCUGCCCCGCUCCCUGCAGGUCCUCCGGGUGAAGGACAACCAGCUGAACUCCAUACCAGAAGGGGCGCUGCAGGGCAUGACCAAGCUCAGGGACAUCAAUCUCAGCCACAACCAGCUUAGACUCAACUCCAUCUACCAGGGAGCAUGGAUGGAGCUCAGCUCUCUGACGACUUUGGACCUGUCCAGUAACCAGCUGUUCCAUGUUCCGUCUGACCUGCCUGAGUCUCUGGAGUACCUGUACCUGCAGUCCAACCACAUCAGCACUGUCCCCGCCACCGCCUUUGAGGGCACUCCAAACAUCAAGGGCAUCUUCCUACGGUUCAACCAUCUGUUAGCCCACUCUGUGAAGGAGAGCUCCUUCAAACACCUGACCAAUCUGCAGGUGCUGGACAUCGGCCACUCGAGCCACUCCAACUCCUCCGGAGCAUCCUUCAGACAAGAGGAAGAGGAGGAGGCAGAGAUGGAGAUGAUGGAAGAGGAAGUGGGAGAAGGAUUCGCUUCAUAGGUUUAUCCCAUGGACACACACAGCUUGAAUGAUCUAAAACCAAAUGUUGCAGUUGUUUAGGCUGCAAUCCCAAAGUCCUGUUCUUUUGAAAGUACAGAAAACAGUAUUUUUGCAAGUGGUCAGGCUCAAUUCUGAAAUGUAAAUUGAACUAUGAAUGGAAGCGCAAAGUGAUAUUUUUUCCCAUAUAGUGGUGAAUUAACGAUGCACAUAUCUCUGGUGCAGGAUACCAGAUAAAAUUAUAUUUUUGUUUGUUCUAUUAUUUUUCUGGGCUUUGCUUGUCUAUGCAAUGACAGAUAUGGUUGCAUUUCUGUGCUUGAGUCUGCAUGCCAAAUGUGCAUGCCAAAUGGCACCCUAUUGAGUGCACUACUUUUGACCAGGGCCCAUAGGAUUCUAGUUGAAUGUAAUGCCCUACAUAGGGAAUAGUGUGCCAUUUGGGACAGAUCCUUUGUCUCAACACCACUUUAGUGGAAGCAGGAAAGAGAAGACAGUCAGAUCUGUCAUAUGUUGAUCAUACUGUGUGGGUCCCAUCUCUGAACUUUACUGUGUGCUAGCUGUGUCACCUUACAAAGAAGAUUAUGUCAAGGUUUGAAGUUUUUGUUUUCAGUUCUGAGCCUGUAUUUAUACUGUAAAGCAUCUCAGACUAGGAGUGCUGAUUGAGGAUUAGGUCCCUCUCUUAUUCAUUAUGGUCUAAAAGGCUAAACUGAUCCUAGAUCAGUAUCCCUACUCUGAGAUCUUUUGUGAAUAUUGGCCCUGGUUGUGAUUGCGUGAUGUAGUCUGGUAAGACAGUCUGGCUUUAUGUAAUUUUGUCAUUCUUAUAUCAUCGUUACUAUGCCACAAGUUCUGUGACCGUGUUACAAUCUCCUCGCGCUUAGACUACCAUGAGCUUGAUCCAUGCUGUUAAUGUAAUGCCUUACUUUAAUCCAGUCUUAUUUUGUAAGAGGGCAAGUAUUUGCAUAUGGUAUCUGGAAAACUCAUGCUAUUAAAUUAGUCACCUUGCUAUGAACCAAUGUAUUCACCUUCAGAUGUAUACAUAUGGAUUUCACACAGCAAUAAAUAUCAUGCAUUAACAGGUUUCUGAGCACACAACAAUAUUAAGCGUGAAAUGUAUAUAAAAUGCACUUUAUAAAGAUGUAAUUUCUUUUUUUGAGAUGUCAGCAUAUUAACAAAAACAUUGAGCAACGAGAAAUCAUGACAGAAAUAUAAAAAGAGAGACAGUCCAGAACAGAUGUUGAGAUUGUGGUUUUGAACAACGUUCAAAUGUUUCACAAUACUUUUCAAGGGUCACAUGUUGGAGGAAUUCAACGAUUAAUUUUGUCUGUGUCAAAAAUGGCAAUCUAUUUUCUAUGGGACCCUAGUUGAUAGUGAUGCACUGUAGGGAAUAGUGUACCAUUUCAGACACAAUACUAGAAAUGUCUCAAAUGACACCGAUCAAUGAAGUCUGCCUCCAGUCUGCCUGUCUUCCCAGCAGGGAAAUCUAUAGACAAUGUAUGUUCUUUAUC